AAUGGGCACCAGUUGGCCUGAGUCCAGGCAAGAAGUCAGGGUGGGGUAGGGGCAUUCUGUGCAGAGCAAACAGCAAGAGCAAGGAUGCCCUGAAAAGGCUCCAGGUUCAGGGAUGCCAGCCAGCCUCCAGGGUCCCUUUCCCUAUGAGCUCUUCCUGGGGUCUGUUGCUGGAAGAAAGGAGGAGGCAGUUCUCCUUUGGCCCUUGGAAAUUCUACCACACACAUCCCUUCUCCGACCCCUAGCAGCCACUCCAGCCCAUCUCACCACCCCUAGCCUUCUGCAUCCCCGGGCCCAGGGACAGGGCUAGGUUAGUGCCUGCACCUUCAGCAUUGCCCUCGGUAGAAUGUAAGCCUCUGAGACCUUCACAGCCAGGCAUCUCCAGUCAUGAGCCUGGCUCCUGAACUCUCGUCGAGCAGCACCUCCAACCUCCCAGAGCAGGGGGUCAGGACCAGGCCUUUUGGGGGCACAAUCUCCACGAAAGCAGGCAGUGGAAGUACAUUCCCCUAUUCUCUUAGGGCUCCCAUUUCUGACACCAGUCACCAGGCGCAGCCUUGAUGUUGUCUGGCAGAUGCUGAUUUUCCAGCUGGGGGACCCUGGGUUGGGAUUUCCACACAGCACGUGUGACCCAUCCAGAGCAGCCAGCCCCCCUGAGCCUCAUGGGCAUCUGCAGCCCUGGUGGCCAACUUGACUGUGAGGGAAGAGGUAUGGAUCACCCCAAAACACCGGGGCCAGUCCAGCUUUCUGUGCACAGGGAUCAUGAAGUUCCUUCUCCCCCGUGGGAGGGGGUGCCUCAGCCACACGGCCACCCCUUCCCCACUCAUACCCACCCACUCCCAUCUGCCCACUCCUGGUGGCAGAACAGCUUGCCUAGCAGGGCACGGCAGAGUCCCGCUGAGAGGUGGGCAGGCGGCUCUGCCCCAGGAGCUGGGAGAAGGCACCUGGAGCUGGGCAGGGCUUUAUCUGGGAGCAGGCGGCUGCUGAAUAAUGAAUUCGGACUCUGUGUCUGCACUCCCAGGCUGCACGCUGGGUGCACAACACACACACACACACAGAUACACACACGCUGGGCUGACAAUUUGGAGGGGCGGGGGCUGGCAGGGCUGCGAGUCUCCGUGAGUCGCUGGAAGGAGCAGCUCUGCUAGGUUGCCUUGGUCUCUGUGGGCAGCAUCAGAGGGGGCGCAGGGGGAGGAGGCGCAGAGGAGGGAGGCGUGUGAGCUGCGCUCCAGCCGCCGGAUCCUUCACUGGCUGCUCCCGCCAGGCAGCGCCCAGGCUCUCCACACCAGCAUGGCUCUGCUCGUCCACCUCAAGACGGUCUCAGAGCUGCGGGGCAGGGGCGACCGGAUCGCCAAAGUGACUUUCCGAGGGCAAUCCUUCUACUCUCGGGUCCUGGAGAACUGUGAAGACGUGGCUGACUUCGAUGAGACCUUCCGGUGGCCAGUGGCCAGCAGCAUCGACAGCAACGAGAUACUCGAGAUUCAGAUCUUCAACUACAGCAAAGUCUUCAGCAACAGGCUAAUCGGGACCUUCCGCAUGGUGCUGCAGAAGGUGGUGGAGGAGAACCACGUGGAGGUGACCGACACGCUGAUUGAUGACAACAAUGCUAUCAUCAAGACCAGCCUGUGCGUGGAGGUCCGGUACCAGGCCACAGAUGGAACAGUGGGCUCCUGGGAUGAUGGGGACUUCCUGGGGGAUGAGUCCCUUCAAGAAGAAGAGAAGGACAGCCAAGAGACAGAUGGACUGCUCCCCAGCUCCCGUCCCAGCUCCCGGCCACCAGGCGAGAAGAGCUUCCGGAGAGCCGGGAGAAGCGUGUUCUCUGCCAUGAAGCUCGGCAAGAACCGGCCGCACAAGGAGGAACCCCAAAGACAAGAUGAACCAGCUGUGCUGGAAAUGGACGACCUUGACCGCCUGGCCAUUCGGCUGGGGGAUGGGCUGGAUCCUGACACAGUGUCUCUAGCCUCUGUCACAGCGCUCACCACCAAUGUCUCCAACAAGCGAUCCAAGCCAGACAUUAAGAUGGAGCCAAGUGCCGGGCGGCCCAUGGAUUACCAGGUCAGCAUCACUGUUAUUGAGGCUCGGCAGCUGGUGGGCUUGAACAUGGACCCAGUGGUGUGCGUGGAGGUGGGCGACGACAAGAAGUACACAUCCAUGAAGGAGUCCACUAACUGCCCCUACUACAAUGAGUACUUCGUCUUUGACUUCCACGUCUCUCCUGAUGUCAUGUUCGACAAGAUCAUCAAGAUCUCGGUGAUUCACUCCAAGAACCUGCUGCGUAGCGGCACCCUGGUGGGCUCCUUCAAAAUGGACGUGGGGACCGUGUACGCCCAGCCUGAGCACCAGUUCCACCACAAGUGGGCCAUCCUGUCAGACCCGGAUGACAUCUCCGCUGGGCUGAAGGGCUAUGUGAAGUGUGAUGUCGCUGUGGUAGGCAAGGGGGACAACAUCAAGACGCCCCACAAGGCCAACGAGACAGACGAGGACGACAUUGAGGGGAACUUGCUGCUCCCUGAGGGGGUGCCCCCUGAACGCCAGUGGGCCCGGUUCUACGUGAAAAUUUACCGAGCAGAGGGGCUGCCCCGUAUGAACACAAGCCUUAUGGCCAACGUGAAGAAGGCUUUCAUUGGUGAGAACAAGGACCUAGUCGACCCCUACGUGCAAGUCUUCUUUGCUGGCCAGAAGGGCAAGACUUCAGUGCAGAAAAGCAGCUAUGAGCCACUGUGGAAUGAGCAGGUCGUCUUUACAGACCUGUUCCCCCCACUCUGCAAGCGCAUGAAGGUGCAGAUCCGGGACUCGGACAAGGUCAAUGAUGUGGCCAUUGGUACCCACUUCAUUGACCUGCGUAAGAUUUCCAACGAUGGAGACAAAGGCUUCCUGCCCACGCUGGGCCCAGCCUGGGUGAACAUGUACGGCUCCACACGCAACUACACGCUGCUGGACGAGCACCAGGACCUGAAUGAGGGCCUGGGGGAGGGAGUGUCCUUCCGCGCCCGCCUCAUGGUGGGCCUGGCUGUGGAGAUCCUGGACACCUCCAACCCUGAGCUCACCAGCUCCACGGAGGUGCAGGUGGAGCAGACCACCCCCGUCUCGGAGAGCUGCACGGGGAAAAUGGAAGAAUUCUUUCUAUUUGGAGCCUUCUUGGAGGCCUCAAUGAUCGACAGAAAAAACGGAGACAAGCCAGUCACCUUUGAGGUCACCAUAGGCAACUAUGGGAACGAAGUUGAUGGCCUGUCCCGACCCCAGCGGCCUCGACCUCGGAAAGAGCCUGGGGACGAGGAAGAAGUAGAUCUGAUCCAGAAUUCGAGUGACGACGAGACCGACGAGGGUGGGGACCUGGCCUCAGUCUCCUCCACUCCACCCAUGCGGCCCCAGAUCACUGACAGGAACUACUUCCACCUGCCCUACCUGGAGCGCAAGCCCUGCAUCUACAUCAAGAGCUGGUGGCCGGACCAGCGGCGCCGCCUCUACAAUGCCAACAUCAUGGACCACAUCGCAGACAAGCUGGAAGAAGGCAUGAACGAUGUGCAGGAGAUGAUCAAAACGGAGAAGUCCUACCCAGAGCGUCGGCUGCGGGGCGUGCUGGAGGAGCUCAGCUGCGGCUGCCACCGCUUCCUCUCCCUCGCUGACAAGGACCAGGGCCACUCGUCCCGCACCAGGCUCGACCGGGAGCGCCUCAAGUCCUGCAUGCGGGAGCUGGAGAGCAUGGGCCAGCAGGCGAAGACCCUGCGGGCACAGGUGAAGCGGCACACCGUGCGGGACAAGCUGAGGCUGUGCCAGAACUUCCUGCAGAAGCUGCGCUUCCUCGCAGACGAGCCGCAGCACAGCAUCCCCGACGUCUUCAUCUGGAUGAUGAGCAACAACAAGCGCAUCGCCUAUGCCCGGGUGCCAUCCAAGGACCUGCUCUUCUCCAUCGUCGAGGAGGAGCUGGGCAAGGACUGUGCCAAGGUCAAGACACUCUUCCUCAAGCUGCCUGGAAAGCGGAGUUUCGGCUCAGCCGGCUGGACGGUACAGGCCAAGCUGGAGCUCUACCUGUGGCUGGGCCUCAGCAAGCAGCGCAAGGACUUCCUGUGUGGCCUGCCCUGCGGCUUUGAGGAGGUCAAGGCGGCCCAGGGCCUGGGCCUACACUCCUUCCCCCCCAUCAGCCUGAUCUACACCAAGAAGCAGGCGUUCCAGCUCCGUGCGCACAUGUACCAGGCUCGCAGCCUCUUUGCCGCUGACAGCAGCGGCCUCUCAGACCCCUUUGCCCGUGUCUUCUUCAUCAACCAAAGUCAGUGCACAGAGGUGCUGAAUGAGACCCUGUGCCCCACCUGGGACCAGAUGCUGGUCUUCGACAACCUGGAACUGUAUGGUGAAGCUCAUGAGUUGCGGGAUGAUCCUCCCAUUAUUGUCAUCGAAAUCUAUGACCAGGACACCAUGGGCAAAGCCGACUUCAUGGGCCGAACCUUCGCCAAGCCCCUAGUGAAGAUGGCCGAUGAGGCGUACUGCCCACCCCGCUUCCCGCCCCAGCUCGAGUACUACCAGAUCUACCGCGGCAACGCCACGGCCGGAGACCUGCUGGCUGCCUUCGAGCUGCUGCAGAUUGGGCCGGCAGGGAAGGCCGACCUGCCGCCCAUCAAUGGCCCGGUGGACGUGGACCGGGGUCCUAUCAUGCCUGUGCCUGUGGGCAUCCGGCCUGUGCUCAGCAAGUACCGAAUCGAGGUGCUGUUCUGGGGCCUGCGGGACCUGAAGCGGGUGAACCUGGCCCAGGUGGACCGGCCGCGGGUGGACAUCGAGUGUGCGGGGAAGGGGGUGCAGUCCUCCCUGAUCCACAAUUACAAGAAGAACCCCAACUUCAACACCCUCGUCAAGUGGUUUGAAGUGGACCUCCCAGAGAAUGAGCUACUGCACCCGCCCUUGAACAUCCGCGUGGUAGACUGCCGCGCCUUCGGCCGCUACACCCUGGUGGGCUCCCACGCCGUCAGCUCCCUGAGGCGCUUCAUCUACCGGCCCCCGGACCGCUCGGCCCCCAGCUGGAGCACCACGGUCAGGCUCCUCCAGGGCUGCCGUGUGCUGUGCAAUGGGGUCCCCUCCUCUCACCCCACAGGGGAGGUUGUGGUGAACAUGGAGCCAGAGGUGCCCGUCAGGAAGCUGGAGACCAUGGUGAAGCUGGAUGCGACUUCUGAUGCCGUCGUCAAGGUGGAUGUGGCCGAGGAGGAGAAGGAGAAGAGGAAGAAGAAGGGCAGCUCGGCAGAGCCGGAGGAGGAGCCGGAUGACAGCAUGCUGGACUGGUGGUCCAAGUACUUUGCCUCCAUUGACACCAUGAAGGAGCAACUUCGACAGCAGGAGGCCUCGGGAAUUGACUUGGAGGAGAAGGAGGACAUGGACAACGCUGACGGCCUGAGGGGGCCGAUGAAGGGCAAGGAGAAGGCAAAGGCAGCGAAGGAGGAGAAGAAGAAGAGGAUCCAGGGCCCGGGCCCCGGCCAGGCGUCCGAGGCCCCUGAGAAGAAGAAACCCAAGAUCGAUGAGCUUAAGGUGUACCCCAAGGAGCUGGAGUCUGAGUUCGACAACUUUGAGGACUGGCUGCACACCUUCAACCUGCUGCGGGGCAAGACCGGGGAUGACGAGGACGGCUCCACCGAAGAGGAGCGCAUCGUGGGCCGCUUCAAGGGCUCCCUCUGCGUGUACAAAGUGCCACUCCCAGAGGAUGUAUCCCGGGAAGCCGGCUACGACCCCAGCUAUGGCAUGUUCCAGGGCAUCCCCAGCAAUGACCCCAUCAACGUGCUGGUCCGCAUCUAUGUGGUCCGGGCCACCGACCUGCACCCCGCAGACAUCAAUGGCAAAGCCGACCCCUACAUCGCCAUCCGGCUAGGCAAGACUGACAUCCGCGACAAGGAGAACUACAUCUCCAAGCAGCUCAACCCUGUCUUUGGGAAGUCCUUUGACGUCGAGGCCUCCUUCCCCAUGGAAUCCAUGCUGACGGUCGCCGUGUACGACUGGGAUCUGGUCGGCACCGACGACCUCAUUGGGGAAACCAAGAUCGACCUGGAGAACCGCUUCUACAGCAAGCACCGCGCCACCUGUGGCAUCGCCCAGACCUACUCCACACAUGGCUACAAUAUCUGGCGGGACCCCAUGAAGCCCAGCCAGAUCCUGACCCGCCUCUGCAAGGAGGGCAAAGUAGAUGGCCCCCACUUUGGGCCCCCCGGGAGAGUGAAGGUGUCCAACCGCGUCUUCACUGGGCCCUCCGAGAUCGAGGACGAGAAUGGUCAGAGGAAGCCCACAGAAGAGCACGUGGCGCUGUCCGCCCUGAGGCACUGGGAGGACAUCCCCCGCGUGGGCUGCCGCCUGGUGCCGGAACAUGUGGAGACACGGCCGCUGCUCAACCCUGACAAGCCAGGCAUCGAGCAGGGUCGCCUGGAGCUGUGGGUGGACAUGUUCCCCAUGGACAUGCCAGCCCCCGGGACGCCUCUGGACAUCUCUCCCCGGAAACCCAAGAAGUACGAGCUGCGGGUCAUCGUGUGGAACACGGAUGAAGUGGUCCUGGAGGACGAUGACUUCUUCACUGGGGAGAAGUCCAGUGACAUUUUUGUGCGGGGGUGGCUGAAGGGCCAGCAGGAGGACAAGCAGGACACAGACGUCCACUACCACUCCCUCACUGGCGAGGGCAACUUCAACUGGCGCUACCUGUUCCCCUUCGACUACCUGGCUGCCGAGGAAAAGAUUGUCAUCUCCAAGAAGGAGUCCAUGUUCUCCUGGGACGAAACCGAAUACAAGAUCCCAGCACGGCUCACCCUGCAGAUCUGGGAUGCCGACCAUUUCUCCGCGGACGACUUCCUGGGGGCCAUCGAGCUGGACCUGAACCGGUUCCCACGGGGUGCAAAGACCGCCAAGCAGUGCACCAUGGAGAUGGCCACGGGGGAGGUGGAUGUGCCCCUGGUUUCCAUCUUCAAGCAGAAGCGCGUCAAAGGCUGGUGGCCCCUCCUGGCUCGAAAUGAGAAUGACGAGUUUGAGCUCACGGGCAAGGUGGAGGCGGAGUUGCAUCUACUCACUGCUGAGGAGGCGGAGAAGAAUCCUGUUGGCCUGGCCCGCAAUGAACCUGACCCCCUAGAGAAACCCAACCGGCCCAACACAAGCUUCAUCUGGUUCUUGAACCCUCUCAAGUCUGCCUGCUACUUCUUGUGGCACACAUAUCGCUGGCUGCUCCUCAAACUGCUGCCGCUCGCGCUUCUGCUUCUCCGCCUCGCCCUUUUCCUCUACUCUGUGCCUGGCUACCUGGCCAAGAAGAUCCUGGGGGCCCGAGCCCGGCAUCCUCCUGGGUCUGGUACUCCUCCCUUCUUCCUCUGGAGCUAGGGCUCAUGAGCUGAGCAGCAUGCAGAACACACACGUGCACAUGCACAAGUGCACGCACACAUGCAUACACACGCAUAUGCACACACAGACACAGCCAACUUUCAAGCUUUCAAAUAGUUCCGCAGACUCAGAACUGGAAGUGACUAUUUUGCACGUUUACAUAUUAGGCCAGAGAGGUGAAGUAGCUUGCCCAAGGUCACCUAGCAAAUUAGGGUAGAGCUAGGACUCAGCCUGGGUUUCCCAAUUGCCGAUCCAGUGUUCUUCGCACUAUACCACCUCCUCGCCCAGCGACAUUCCUGACAGACUCCACCCCGGUCCCGCUGGCAGAAAGAAGUUGAGCUCUGGACAGGGAGAGGGGAAAGGGUUUGCCUAGGAUUAGCCAGUGAGUCCUGCAUAGUUUCUACCAGCAUCCACCUGGCGACCAGAGCCGCUGUCCGCCCUACAGAGUGGUCAGCAGCUCCACCCGAUGUCAACGGCUCAGGAGCCAGCCUUUGCUGAGCAUGCUCCGCGCCAGGCAGUGCUGGGGGCGUCGCCUGUCACUGCCUCCCUUCAGCCCUUACCAACCCCGGAGGCGGGGUCCACUGUCAACCCCAUUGUGUCAGUGAGGAAACUGAGGCUCACAGAGGUGCCCCACUUGCCUGUCCCAGCCUGGAUUGGAAACCAGGUGCCCUGAGCCCACACCCCCGCUCCGCAGUGUCCUCCAGGAGUUGGCGGGGCAGGAAUUUGAAAAAGCAUAUUCAAUACUUUGAUUUUUCUAUCUUGACAUUUCAUAAAACCUGUUGUUUUUGGAACACAAACAACAGAAUAUAAACCUCAACAUGCACUUCUUGGCCAGGAGGCCGUGCAGAAGGUAGAGUAGCGAUGGCAGCCUGGCAGUGGGCCGGUGGGUGAGGGUGACAGGGCUCCUCAGACCCCUGGCAGGGCCUGGUGCAGACAGAAGCUUCUGUUCAUGGGAAAGGCGGGGAGGUGAGGGGUGCUGAUCUCACGGAGAGCGAGCAGGGGCAAUGGACCACGUUGCUGAACUGCGAAAGCUGAUACUCAGGGCUGCCUGCAGCACGCUGCCUCUUCAGGUGGUGAGCUGCCAUCGCUGCGAGCAUCCAGGUCGAGGCUGGAUGGCUGCCCAAUGCCAGAAAUGCCAUUGAGGCCUUGGGAGGAGGCGGGGGGUGCCAGGGGGUCCUGCAAAGACGACAGGGAAUAUAAGCUGCAAACCUGAUGCUGAGAAGUGGGCUCGAACCCUGCCUCCCGCCCUCAUUGCUUCUGGGACCGUGGCUGUGAUGGGGCCUCUUGGGGUCUAGAAGGGCUGAAGGGAGGGGGUGCCCUGAGAGCCGCCACUGCCUGACUGAGUCUCCCCCUCCUGCAGCCGGCCCGACACGGCCUUCGUCUGGUUCCUCAACCCCCUCAAGUCCAUCAAGUACCUCAUCUGCACACGGUACAAGUGGCUCAUCAUCAAGAUCGUGCUGGCGCUGCUGGG